AUGGAAACAUCUUGGAUGCUUGCCGAUAGGAGAAGUAAAGAGUAUGAAGAGGGAGUUGAAGAAUUUCUAAGGAUGGCAUUAGCAAAUGCUAUUGAUCAUGGACGUAUUCUUUGUCCAUGCCAGAAAUGUGGGAAUACAAGAAACUUUACGAUUAGAGUAAUAAGAGAGCAUAUGUAUUUUAAUGGUUUGGACCAAACAUACAAGGAUUGGAUAUGGCAUGCCAAGCCUAUUGAAAUAAAUGCUAGUGAAAUUGUAAAUCAAGAACCACAACCGGAAUGUGAUUUUUUUGGUGAAACGGUUGACAUGUGCGAAGGUGCACAAGAACACUUCACUGAAAAUCCAGAGGAAUUUAAGAAGUUUGUGGAGGAAGCCGGGAAGCCUCUUUAUCCUGGGUGUCAUAAGCACACCAAGUUAUCAGGAUUGGUUAAGUUGUACAAUCUUAAAGCAAGGGAUGGCUGGCAUGGCCGACAAUUGUUUCACAGAUAUGAUGAUCGAAGUUGGAAGAAGUAUCAUGAUUUGACAAGCUGCCCUAAAUGUGGCCUUUCAAGAUGGAAGGUGACAAAGAAGAACGUAGUGAAGAAAGGGGUCCCGACAAAGGUUUUACAGUACUUUCCUCCUGUCCCCAAGUUUAAAUCUGGUUCUCCAUCGUGGAAGAUGAUUGAAUAUAAGUGGCUAGGUUUUGGGAGUAAGCCAAGAAACCUUAGGUUAGCUCUUUCUUCGUAUGAAAUCAAUCCAUAUAGUUCACUUAGUAGUAGAUAUAAUUGUUGGCCAGUGAUUUUGGUGACAUAUAACCUUCCUCCAGAGUUGUGCAUGAAGAGGAAGUUUAUGAUGUUAACAUUGUUAAUUUCUAGCCCUAAACAACCUGGCAAUGAUAUAAACAUCUACUUGGAACCAUUAGUUGAUGAUUUAGCCUUACUAUGGGAUGGGGUGGAGGGAGUCUAUGAUGCUUUUCGGCAAGAGUCAUUCACUUUGAGAGCUAUCCUCUUCUGGACAAUCAAUGAUUUUCCGGCAUAUGGUAACUUGUCUGGGUGCACUAUGAAAGGGUAUUAUGCAUGUCCAAUAUGUGGUGACAAGACAUAUACGAAAAGGUUGGAACAUGGAAAUAAAAUGGCAUUCACUGGGCAUCGAAGAUUCUUAUCACGUUAUCAUCCUUACAGAAAACUAACUGAAGAAUUUAAUGGUAAGGAAGAACUUGACCCAACACCAAUGCCUCUAACUAGGGAGCAAGUAUGGAAAGAAGUCGAGUCCAUAAACUAUGAGUGGGGGGAGAUAACUGGAAAGCGGAAAGAUGUAGGUUAUACUAAUUGUUACAAGAAAAUAUCAAUUUUCUUUAAUCUUCCUUGUUGGAAAUCCCACUAUGUUCGACAUUGCCUCAAUGUUAUGCACAUUGAGAAGAAUGUAUGUGAGAGUAUUUUCGGUACAUUGUUGAACAUUCCCGGGAAAACAAAAGAUGGUGUGGUAGCUCGUGAGGAUCUUGUUAAAUUGGAGGGUUGCACUGCUAAUCGCUUCCAUGUGGAAGAAUCUAUACAGUUUUGCUCAGAGUACAUGGCUGAUUUAAGUGCAAUUGGGGUACCUAUAUCGUGGUUAGAUCUAGCAAAUACUAGCACUACUUUAUCAAGCAUUGUUAUAGAACCAAUGCGGCAUGACAAAUGGAAGCAAGCACAUCGAGCUAUCUUGGAUAAUAUAAUGGAAGUUGAUCCUUACAUAAAUGAACAUAAGCACCAUUUGAAGGAGACUAAUCCUAGGAAAGCAAAAGAUGAAAAAUGGAUACAAGACAUGCACAACCGAUGGUUUAUUAGCUUGUUUCAUCAUAGGUUUCAGGUGCCUUUCUUUAAGUGUGCAUGGGUUGAGAAUGAGAAAGGUAUCAAAUAUGACGAUGACACCAGGUUGACUAUGGUAAACCUUAAUAGGAGAGGUUAUAGAAAGGAUGAAUUUGUUAUGGCCACUCACGUGAGUCAAGUAUUUUACAUUGAUGACCCUGAACACAAUGCCUGGUCAAUUGUGCUUCCAAUGCCGAAUAGAGUCUAUGUUCAUGGUGAUGAGUUAGAAGAUGAUGUACUUGAACACCAAUCAUUUACCAAUGGACUACCACUGGUUGAAGAAUUUAAAUAUGAAUUGGGUGAGGGAGAUACGAAGUACAUUCAAACAGAUUGCGAGGGUAUAUGGGUCACUAAUCGAAAAACAAGAGCAUAG